AUGGAUGAGCCUGCGUCAAAGAGACGUCGGGUCUCACCACGCAUUUCUUCUGUCAACAACAGCAGCAGCAGCGACGCGACGUCGACACCGUCAAAGCCCGCAAGAGCUCGGAUAGCCCGCCCUCUGGACGAUGCAACCGCGAGAGCUAAUGAAAUUCGUCAUCCGCCGCAGGGCUUGGCCAAGACACGACCCGCAGCGACAGGAUCACAGCGGGCUGCGUCUUCGAGCGACAAAGAGGCAGGAGAAGCUGCUCACGAACCAGCCACCGCUCCUACGCCAGCAGCGAGUGGUACAGCAGCGAGUGGUACAGCGCAAGGCACGAAUGGGGUCACGUUGAGCUCUGGGUCGCUGCCGUCUUCUCAACACUCCAGCGACGUUAUGCCCAAUAUACCUAUAAGAUCGCCUUUUAAACCGAGACCACGGCCGCUACCUCCACCUGCGCCUGAAGGAGACGAUGAGGCGGAUUCGUUCUUGGGCAGAAGACAGCGACGAUCACCAAAUACAGGCCGGCCCCUUUUAUACCCAGAGCCCGAGCUGCCGCCAUCGAUCCCAGACGCCAUUUCUUUCACACCACCGAAAGGCAUACACAGCAGUCCGUCACGAUGGAGAGACAAGCCUAGAACGAAACAUGACUCUCCUUUGAAGCCCUCGAAAAGCCGUCCCCUUGAAAAGCCUGGCAAGAAACCUGGGCUGCCAAUGCAUAGUUUCGAGCUACCGGGGAAGGAAAGCGAAAGCAGUAUACAAGAGCCUUCUUUAGACGACAAAGCCCACCCGGCUCGCCAGGUCCCAGCGUUUGAUCCAGAUGGAGAAAAGAAAAAGGAAAAACUGGCUUUGGACGAAGAGAUUGCGAAAUUGAAGCGAGAUCUGCAGAUUGUGAGCAAGGAAAACGAUCGAAUUCGGCUGAUGCAGACUUCUGGCCGAAUCUUGAGCUUUGCAGAUGAAGAAGAGGUAUUCAAUGUGGUACGGCGGCAUCUCGUGGACUCUGAAACACAACCUCCGCCGCCACCAUCGCAACAGCUGUUAAAGGCAGCUUUAAACCCUGCGGCAUUACUACCCUUUGGGAGGGCGACUCCCGUUAUCGCCACGACAGAAGAUGAAGUCAAGAUAUCAGAUAUCAAGUCGCACCAUCCCAUAAAAAUGACAGCAGAGGAAGAGCUGCCGUAUUUGCAGCUGUUUAGCCCAUUCGACGUCACAUCGACUGUGGCUAUCUUGCACUCAGAUGAGGAACAGCCUUUGCGACAACGGCGUAUCAUGACUUUCAGGUCAAAGGAUGCGCCUGGACUUUUUACCUCCAAGGUUGAGAUGGUGGUGAAUGCAAUGAAUUCCAGCAUCAUGGAGCUGAAGGUUCCUUCCUUGGAGCCUUCAGCAAGGGCUGAGCUGGGACCAUUCGUCACCAAGUUAUGUGAGGGCGAUUGCAACAGGAGCAUGCAGCGUAACAUCGGGAUACUCUCAUGGGCUAUGGGAGAAUGGUACCAGGCUGCAGUUCAAAGGGCGUAUCUAUGGUCUAAAUUGGAUCGCGAGCUGGCCUCCAAAGGAGAAUUCCUGCAGGCCAUUGCUGAGGCGCGGAAGAAGAAGCCGGCGCGAAGGGCAGCAGCCGAAGAGCUGGAAAAGGAAGCUCAUUCAGCGUCUACCCCAUCUUUUAAAAAGGCUGAUUUGGUUCAUUUCAUGGGUCAGCAGGCGUUUGAGUUUGAUGUUCCGUCGAAGAAGCGAUCAGACCCUACAUCAUCGGUACGGCUAGAGUGGAAGAUUGAUUUCGAUUGGAUUGGGGAGGCGCAAAAUAAGGUGGCUGUGAUGAUUGGCGUACCAGGCAAAUGGCGAAAGGCGGACCAACGGGGUGUGCUGGGGAAGCUUCCAAAACUGUUUGAAGAUCUCGUAGAGGGCGGGCAGGACCCAUCCCUCGCUGUGAAGACUAUUGUGGCAUUAGUUGUAGGAGAGCAAUGA